GCAAGUGAAAGAAAGGAGGAGGGGCAGGCUUCCACCCCGCCAGCACUGUGCUCUCUUCCUGCCUAGCCUGGGCUGGUCUCCAGGAGUCCCAUGGCCAACUAUGAAUUUAGCCAGGUGUCUGGGGACAGACCCUGCUGCCGCCUCUCUAGGAAAGCCCAGAUCUGUCUUGGAGUAGGUCUCGUACUCCUGAUAGCGUCGGUAGUAAUAGCGGUCAUAUUUCUGUGGCCGCGCGCACCCCUGGUGUGGAAAGGGAAUCCUACCACGAAGCACUUUCCUGAGAUCUUCCUGGGACGGUGUCUCGUCUACACUCAAAUCCUCCGGCCUGAGAUGAGAGAUCAGGACUGCAAGAAGAUACUGAGUACAUUCAAAGGAGCAUUUGUGUCCAAGAAUCCAUGCAACAUCACAAGGGAAGACUAUGAACCACUAGUUCAGUUGGUCACUCAGACCAUACCAUGUGACAAGACUCUCUUUUGGAGCAAAUCCAAACACCUGGCCCAUGAGUAUACCCGGGUCCAAGGGAAGAUGUUCACCCUGGAGGAUACACUGCUGGGCUAUAUUGCUGAUGAUCUCAUGUGGUGUGGAGACCCCAGCACUUCUGACAUGAACUAUGACUCUUGCCCACACUGGAGUGAAAACUGUCCAGACAACCCUGUCUCAGUGUUCUGGAAAGUGAUUUCCCAAAAGUUUGCAGAAGCUGCCUGUGGUGUGGUCCAAGUGAUGCUCAAUGGGUCCCUCAGUGAACCAUUUUACAGAAACAGCACAUUUGGAAGUGUGGAAGUCUUUAAUUUGGACCCAAAUAAGGUUCAUAAACUCCAAGCCUGGGUGAUGCAUAACAUCGAAGCAGAUUCCAGUAACUCAUGCUCAGGCUCCUCCAUAAAUGAACUGAAGUUGAUUGUACAGAAAAGGAAUAUGACUUUUGCCUGCCAGGAUAACUACAGGCCUGUCAGGUUUGUUCAGUGUGUGAAGAAUCCUGAACAUGCAUCAUGUAGUUAAACACAUGAAUGAUUUGGAUCUUAGACCCCUUGUAGCAUCAUCAAGAUGAAAGUAUCAGAAACUGAAAGUCUCAGAAGCUACACUUGUAUAUAGCUGAUGGUGUCAGGGAGAGCCCUCCGCUACAAUGUCAGCACCAGAGAUGGAAGAACUUGCCAACAUUACACGAUCAACUCAAUUCUUCCUGUAAAUGACCAUUGCUCAAGAAAAAGCUACUCCAUACAGAAGAGUUAAACUUUUAUAUUGUUAUUUCAUUUUAACUUUCUCAUGUGGUGCUUUUAUAUUGUAUAUAUUUGCUAUCAUACUUUUUUCUUUUUUAAUGAAACUGAUAGUAGCCUCCAUUAUUGUUCAUCAAAUGUUGUUGUAUUAAAUUGAAUGUAAUAGAAUCUGAAA